AUGGAGGUGUCGUUACGACACAACCUACACCCAGCGGCGGCUAAGUCACGUGCUGUUCAACGAAGAUCGGAAUCCGAGGUACGAGUCAUCACUUCCAGUGGCGUGACCAAACACCGUCAGCAUUCUGAAAGCAGCUUACGCAUUCUUGACAACAUCGACAAUGGCACGAAACGUCCUCGCGCGGAAGAAUCUCGCCUCAGCCGUCAGAUUGUUUCAGCCCAGUCCAGUCAAUAUGAAACCGAGCUGCUGUACCGUCCGUUUCGUAGCCAGGCCGAGACCUAG